AUCGACUUGAUCGGUUCCUAAAUAUACAACUGAUAGUUUGACGCUGCUUGUCCAGAUGUUGGCGAGGGAAGGAUCCAAAUCGAAUCUCCAUUGAAUUCCGAUGCCCGUCGAUAUAAAACAAAAUUGGGAAUCGAAAAGAAGCAUAUUUCUGAAGCAGCCGGCCAACGGACUGUUCCGAUGGUGACUCCUCCAUUCAUAAUCAAAUUCAAUUCUUUCAAUCCCAAUUCAACUACCAUUCCGAAGAAACAAUGGAGUCCCCAUUUAAGGGAGAUAUACUGAAAGGGAAAGUGGGGCUGUUGACCGGCGGUGGAUCUGGAAUCGGAUUUGAAAUCGCUGCAGAAUUGGGUAAACAUGGAGCUUCCAUCGCCAUCAUGGGUCGUCGUAAACACGUCCUUGAUUCCGCGGUUUCUGCUCUUCAAUCUCUCGGCAUUCACGCUAUUGGGGUUGAAGGAGAUGUUCGGAAUAAAGAGGACGCUGCUCGAGUUAUAGAGACAACGAUUAAGCAGUUCGGCAAGCUUGACAUCCUCGUAAAUUCGGCGGCUGGAAACUUUCUUGUCCCUUCCGAGGAUUUAUCGCCUAAUGGUUUCCGAACAGUGAUAGAUAUAGAUGCAGUUGGGACAUUCACAAUGUGUCAUGAAGCUCUCAAGUAUCUGAAGAAAGGGGGAGUAAUCAUAAACAUAAGUGCAACUUUGCAUUAUACAGCAAGUUGGUAUCAAAUCCAUGUCUCUGCUGCUAAGGCAGCUGUAGAUAGCCUUACAAGGAGCCUGGCGUUAGAAUGGGGAACUGAUUAUGGAAUCAGAGUUAACGGGAUUGCACCAGGCCCCAUUGAUGACACUGCUGGUGUUACCAAACUCUUACCUGAGGAUGUCAGGCGCCAGAAACAAGAAGCAUCUGCUUUAUACAGGAUGGGGAAGAAAUGGGAUAUCGCCAUGGCUGCUCUCUAUCUUGCAUCCAAUGCAGGUAAUUAUGUAAACGGGACAACAUUGGUGGUUGAUGGUGGAAUAUGGCUGAGCAAGCCACGAGAUUUGCCAAAAGAGGCUGUAAGACAACUUUCAAAGGUCGUAGAAAAGAGGUCUAGAGAUGCCCCUGUUGGUGUUCCAAAGAGCAAACUUUAAGGUCAAAUUCUGCAACUCCCUUUUAGUGUCACGUUCAUGUAAUUGAUUGGGUUUUUAUUAUUUGUUUUACACUUUUAGUUUCGUAUGUCUAGUCUGCCUUUGACUUGUUAUGUUCUGCGAUUUACCUUUGGGGCAAGUAGGAGUGGAACUAUGAAGGUUGAUUUAAAUAUAAUAUUAUGAUUUUGGGAUCAUAAA